AUGCAUGUCAGGUUCGUCGAACCACAGCAGAUGCCCGAGGUUCCUCGUCCGGAAACAGCAUCAUCGCAUGUCAUGAAAACUUUGACCUUUGUGGACAAAUCCCAAGAGAAACGAAACUUCGUCUGCCCGGUGUGCAAGAGGACGUUCAAACGCAGUGAGCAUUGUGCUCGGCAUCAGCGCGCUCAUACUCAAGAACGACCAUUCCCCUGCAAAUUCUGUGACCGCCGCUAUGCACGCCGGGAUUUGGUUGCACGGCAUGAGCGGGCAGUUCACGCGCAUGGAUCCUCAGAUGUGGCUCCUAGCGUACCCGUGCCCGGUGUGAGCGGCACCUCUGUCUCUACGAAAGGUGAUGAUCGCUUGAAAAGUGGAAGCAAUGCUGCCGCAGAGGAUAGGGUUGAAUCUUCAAGACAAGAAGAAACGGCGACGAUGGCACUGUUCUUUGAGCAAGCUCCAGUCGCAUCUCUGCCGAUGGAAUCAUCUCCACAAGAUACGAAUACUAACCAGGAACAUGAAAAUGAGGACAGUGCUGUCCAUCGACGGAGUUUCCUGGAAUCUUUCCACCCCGAAAAUGGUGUUCACGCAUUCAAAAGAGCGGGACGGAGUUCCCUAGAAGGCGACUUUGACAUGUUGAUGAACGACAUCCAAACCACGGACCAGCCUUCUUCUCUGGAUAUAUUUGACGAGUUAAACUUCUUCGACCCGUACAACGGCAUGUCACCACUUCCGAACAUAACACUGAGUCCCUCAGUGCAGACAAAUCUACGGGAAACCAAUCAUACAACGACAUUGCGAAGUUUCAACGCAACAAGACCAGCUACCUUUCAACUGUGGGGACAAGAACAGCGGCAGCACCGAAGCACUCAGGUUUCCAAUACAAGUGCCACGAAUGCUGUCUUUCCCUUGCUUUCACCCACCACUGAUCCGAGCAGUAUCCCCACUUCUUCAGGUCCAUCUGAUACCUAUACUUGCAGUCCAAAGAGUUCAGACUCCGUGUCGGGAACCAGCCGAAAACUACGACUUGCUCCGUUGACAGAGUCUCAUCGUGACACGAUUCUACAGGAAUGUCACAACACCCCCGUGGUGGCGCAUCGAGACGACGCCAAACACAUCACCCUCCCAUCGACCAACACCUUGAACCAGCUCUUGGGCACAUUUGUCGAUGUAUUCUUGUCGCACCUUCCAGUCAUUCACCUGCCAACCUUUGACCUCGACAAGACUCAACCUCCUCUCAUCCUUUCCAUGUGCGCGAUCGGCGCCUUGUACCGACUCGAACGAAAGAUGUCUCUAGAUUUAUAUCUACAAGCGGAUCAACUUUUGCUUCGAGAAUGGCACAAGCCAGCUCGACGAGAAGAAGCAUUUGAAAGUGUAUUCAGUAAAUACGAAAGGAGUCGUCGCCGUCACGAUAAAGGCCCCGAAACUCGUCAAUGCUCAUCAUCUCAAUUGUGGAUGGUUCAGUGUAGAGUACUACUCACAUGGUUUGCUUCUUUUACUGGGAACCCUACACUCGUGAGAAAAGGAAUUCAGGACGUCAGCAUCCUGGUAAAUGAAUACCACAAUCGUAAACGAAAAUUGAGUCCCGAGGAACCAUCCACCCUUUCCAACUGGUCUGAAUGGUGUAACCGUGAAUCUGAAAAAAGACUCCUCCAUUCUAUAUUUGUACUUUGCAGUCUCAUCACUGCGGCUUACGACAUCCCACCGGUCCUUUCAGUACUACAAGAUGGAGAGGUAGAGUUGCCUUCUGAAGACAAGUUAUGGGUGGCACCAUCGGAGGUCAUGUGGCAGCAAUGUGUCAAUCAAACAGAGCGUGUCAAGGCUGUCAGUAUUAUCGACGGAGUUUCUUGUUUCAUGAACAACACCACCCCCCAAAUCCAACAGACUGAUUCCGACAGCGGUCUACAUCCUUCAUGGCCUCCAUUCGCUGUCGUGAUCAUCUUACAUGGAGUAUCGAUUCAAUUCUGGCACAUGUCACAGUAUGCGGACUUGACGAGGUCCCAACGGGCCCAGAACUUGUCCUUCUGCUUUUCCACCACCGCCGCCGCCGCCAGCAGCACUCCAACGACGGCAUCCCCAUCUCUCGAAUUUCUACUACACGAGCACAACGAGACCAUCCUCGACAGGUGCCGCUCACAAACCCCACGACAAACCAAAGUCCCCGCAAACGACGGUCUAUGGGACGAGACCGAAGGACCCUUGUCUUUUAAUUGUUUGUGCAUUCUUCGUUUGAUCCACCUCCGAGCCUUCACAGGAGCCAACCCUAUCGACAAGGGCAUCUUGUUGACUUCGGAUCCCUCCGAGGUGACGACGGCCUUGCAGAAGUUCAUGUCCAGUCCACAGACCCGAAACGUGUACGUCACAAAAACCGCCCGUCAGGCCCUGGAAGGUAUCAAGACCCCCUCGCAGGUAGGGUGGAAAUUGGUGCAAAAGACCGUGGGUUUCAAAUGGAGUGUAGACGUUGCGAUUUUUUACUGGGCUUUUGGCCUAUUCUUUGUAAGAUGGAUUCAUACCAUCGAGAAACUCAUCAAGGGUCACCACUCCCAUCACCAUCGCCAACACCACGACAUGCCCAGCGUCGAUGAAGCCGAGACCUCCGUCUUGGAAGAAACUCGACGCACUUUUCUGGAAAAUGACCUGAUGACCACGACGAUGACCACGACGGACGUUGACAAUAAUAAUAAUAAUGAUCCUUCCGAUUCUUUCGACGAUACCGGCGAUAAAAACAACCACGACAGAUCUUCUUUGGCCGCCCAGGUCAGUCGUCACCUUGCCGUCUACUUCACCGACACUUGGAGUUGGGGCAUCACGGCCAGGUUCGGUCACGUCUUGAACCAAUUGGCCGAGAUUUGUGAACGAGACCUUUUGAGUCUUUUGGCGGACCAUCCACAGGAAAACCCCCACGGAGUGACCACAAGACGGUAG